UCUCAGUUCUCAUUCUCAUAUUCUAUCUUAAACGAAAAAACAAAUUAUCUUCACAUUAACCACCACAACAUGAAGUAUCUUCACCCUGAACAAAAUCUGCCAAGUGUUUCUGCUCAUCUAUUCCAUUCUUUUAUGGCUAUAGCUAGCAUAUGCUCGUCCCCCAAUCCCUCCCCAACUCUUCCCACCAUUUCUCUACCUUUACUUCCAACCUUCCCUUCAUCAAAAACCCAACAAUAUUCUCUGCAACACACUCUUCCUACUUCCUCAUCUCCCUCCAAAUUCGGCGGGAAUUUGGUUUCUGGUGAUUCAUUGUCCAUUGCUGAAGCAGCUGAGACGACUGCUUUUGGUGGUGGUGCCAUGGAGGCGGCCAGUAAUGCUGCGUCCGUAGCUUCUGGAAUUGGUAAUGUUGAGAAUUUUGGGGAACGUGAGAAUGGUGGGGUUAGAGGUGGGGGUGUGGGAUUGGAUGUGAGGAGGAAGAGGAGGAGGAAAAGGAGAAAAGGGUUGGGAUUUUUUGAUGAAGAAGAGCACAAGAGAAACUGCUCAGAGCAGAGGAUUUUGAUUGAGUCUGUAAAAUCUUGGUGUUUGAGUUCAAAAGCAGAGGCAGAGCUUUGUUUGUGUCUCAAGGAGGGAGCAAGGAUUGAAGAUGCUAUGCUAAGAAUCACAGAAUCUGAAGAGAAUCUUGCAAUCUCAAGAAAGAAUCCUCUAGGUUCGAGGGAAAGGAAUCUGGACAAGGUGUUGUGUAAUACUAGAGAGUCAAGAGAAAGAAUAGCUCGCGCCUACCAAGGACUAGUUGCCUCCAUUGCUGCUGACUACCGAGGCAAAGGAUUAGGCCUUCAAGACCUCAUGCAGGAAGGCACCAUUGGACUUCUUAAAGGGGCACAAAGAUUUGAUCCUGAUAAAGGAUUCAAAUUGUCCACUUAUGUUUACUGGUGGAUCAAACAAGCUAUCAUUAAAGCUGUGGCCAGAAAGUCCAGAUUAGUCAGAUUACCGGGGAGCAAGUAUGAGAUGAUUGCAAAAGUUGCAGAGGCCAACAAUGCCUUAAGAUACAGGCUGAGAAGAUCGCCAACUUAUGAGGAAAUAGCUGAGGUGCUUGAUGUAAAUGCUUCUACUGUUAGACUUAUUUCUGAAAAUAGCACAGCCCCAAUUUCACUGGACAGAACUGAGACUGAUAAAGGACACAUGACACUCCAGGAGAUUAUACCUGGGCCAGAAGCAGUGGUUCCAGAGAAAAUGUUUGAGAGGAAGCUGAUGAAGGAAGGAGUGGAGAAGCUUCUAGAAACACUGAGCAAGAGGGAAGCAGAGAUAGUGAGAUUGUACUAUGGACUGAGUGGACAGACUCCUCUUUCGUUUGAGGAGAUUGGAAGGAUGCUGAAGCUAUCAAGGGAGAGAGUCAGACAGAUUCACGGUGUUGCAUUGUCAAAAUUAAAACAUUCCGCUAUCAUCAACGGUCUAAAAUACUUUGCUGAAUAGUUAUAACAUUUGUAAUACCAGAAAAAUGAAAUCAAUAUAAGGUUGAAAGAUUGAGGGGCCAAUGUGCUUAUAGCUUAAUGCUACUAUGAACAAGCUAAGGCAAAAUUAUUGGAGAGGUUUAUUAUAGUAUAAUUCAUCAAUUCUCAUAUACUUUUUAUACUUGU